ACCUAAUAUUUUAUUUUGGGGGCCUUGGGACCAUGGUACACGAAUUACCUAACAUUGAACCAACUCUAUAACCAAAUCAAAAUUUGCCAUGCAAUGCUAUAACAAAAUAAAAGGGCAAAUUGAUUGAAAGUGAGAGGACAACAAACUCAUUUAGCCUCCUUCAAUUUCACUCAUACCCACCAAACGAGACCCCAAAACAGUUAAAUGCAACAACCUAAACCAGUUAAAUACUAGGUAUCUAAUAGUGCCCCCCCAAAUCAUCAAAACACCAAACUCUCUUCUUUUUCCACAAGAGAACCUCAUAAUCAGUUUUAAACUUCUAAAUCGCAACGUGGCAACAUGGAAUUAGGUGCCUGAACCAACAACUUAAAAGAGGAAAAGUUAAACCCUUGAAAAUAAAGCAAGAACCAUUUCUUCUUCCUCACUCCAGAUAAUACUGAGUAGUGCAAAUGUACAGGAAUAACAACCCAUAUCAUCAGAGAUUCAGAAGCUCCCAUCGCUACCUUCACAGGACUGAAGAUGCGAUUAUGGUGAUUCUACCUGUCUGGAACAAAAAAGAAAAAAAAUGCCUCCUGAAGUACCUCAUUCCUGCCCUCUUCUAACUCCCCUAGUUCAGUUCUCCACUCUAGCCUCUCCUAGUAGUCCAAAAAGUAGCAAAAGAAAUAGAAGGAUGAGAGCUCCUGGGAAAAAGCUGAUCCCAGUUCUUAUCUUGGUCCUAUCUAGUCUCUCCAUUGUCAGACUCGCAAAGAUUGCAUUCAACACUUGGUCUCCACCUCAAGUUUUUACCUUGCUGCCUUCUUCUCAAAAUAACUGUUCCUCCCCUUCUGCAUGCAAGGAGGGUCCGUCAGUUACACACAGGCCACCUAAACCCUCUGCUACUGAAACCGCCCUCACCACCAAGGAAUUCCUUCUUCUAUCAAAUCUGAUUACUCAGAAAUUACCCUGCAAUCUCCUUGUUUUUGGGCUUGAACCCCAGUAUCUUAACUUGGCAGCACUGAAUGCAGGAGGCAUCACUCUUUUCCUUGAAGACAACCCUGAUAAGAUUAGUGAAAUCAAAGAAAAUUCAAAUGCGACUCGAGUUUAUAAGGUGGAAUACAAGACAGCAGCAAAGAAGGCUUACAAGCUGCUCAAGCAAGCUAGGCAAAACUCUGCUUGUGCUCCUAGCUUGAGACCACUCCAACAAGAAACCUGCAAAUUGGCAUUGAGAAACUUACCACCACAAGUGUACAAGACCAAAUGGGAUGUGGUGGUGGUGGAUGGACCAGCUGGGGAUGGACCAGAAGCACCUGGCAGGAUGGCAACCAUCUAUACUGCUGGACUGCUAGCAAGGGCUGGGAACGCAACAGAUGUUCUAGUGCAUAAUGUAGAUCGGACAAUUGAGAAAUGGUUUUCCUGGGAAUUUCUGUGUGAAGAGAACUUGGUUUCUGCUAAAGGUAGAUUGUGGACCUUCAGGAUCACAGGUCAAUCAAAUUCUACCAGGUUUUGCUCUGGCAAAACAGUUGAAAUAAUUUAAUACUAGCCUUCUAAGGUUCUAAUACUACUAUUGAGAAUUAACAGCAUAUUUCAGCAUAUAUCAGACAAUGGGUGUACAGUAUAAGCUGCAAUGGAGGCAGAUAAGUAAGAAUUAGAUAUUUAAUUUCCUGUAAAUCUAUACCAUGUAUUAUAUUUGAGCUCAAACCAUAUGCAGCAUUUGUUAUAUUUGAGAUAUCAAAAGAAAUUGCAUGUUCAAAA